AUGACGCAACUGAUAGCUUCCGAUACAGUGGCGGAAGGGGACACUUUCGUGUGUCGACGACGACGGCUUCGUCAGAGUUACUCCUCCUCUGGCAGCGCAUCGGCCGCAAUAGGACCCAUAGUAGCAAUACUGCUGCUUCUGUCUCAUCAGGGAGAAGCCUUUUUGCACUCGCAAGAAAGCUGUCUUCGCCGGGUCUCCCCGCGCUACAUGGUGAGCUCUUCCCAAAGAAUACGAAGCAACAAAUCCGUCGUCUUGAGGAAUCGUCUACAGGCGACGUCAAUCGACUACGAGGAUGGCAGCCAAAGCCGGCUUAUACCAGAAGAUGUGUCGGAUAUGCAAGCACUACGCCAGAAGAUAUGGGAUCUCGAGCAACAAACCCAUAUGCUAAUAAAGGCGAACGACUUGCAAGGUGCCUUGGAGGGAAUACAAAGACUACUGGAAGUCAUCCGCGUUUCUUCUGCCAAUGCUGCGACGGCCAGUGAUAAUACGAUGAUGCGCUCUAUGAGUCAAUGCCUGGACCGAAGCGUUCAAACUUUCGCCGCCAGGACAUUUAAUGUAAAAAUGGAAUCACCAUCCCGAGCACGAAAGCAUGUCAUGAUGGGCGUCGAGGCUUUACAACUUCAGCUUUCGUCGCAGUUCCUGUCGGAACCGUACAACUUGCUGCCCAAGAUGACCUUUUUGAAUGCCUUAAAGGCACUCACACAACUAAUUGAGGUGGGACGAGGUGAACAGCACGACCCACUUCUUUCAAACAUGUCCGCAGCUGCCUUUAGGAUUUUGCAACGUCUGGUAACCGGUGUGGGCAUUCGGAACAAAUCUUCCCCUUUGGUGGUAUACGAAAAGGAUUUUUGCAUGGUUCUCAACGCCUUCACCGAGUCAGGAAGGAUGGACAUGGCGCAUCGGAUUAUUGCUUUGCAAGAGCGGACCGAGCAUGCGCCGCCACUAUCGCCAGUGGCCUUUUCGAUUCUACUUAAAGGAUACGGUAGAUUGAAGGAUUUGCAGCAGGAUCGGUUAGCUUUGGAGACGUUCAAAUACUACUUUCACAAACGAAACGGCCAAGCUAAAUUAAAGCCUGAUGUAGUUUCUUUCUCGACGCUGAUAUCUGCACUCCUGAAAAAGAACACAAGCGACAGUCGGGGAAGCGCACUGCAUUUAUACAAUGAAAUGCAAUUGAAGGCUUUGAUAAAACCUGACAAUGCUCUCGUCGACAUAGUCUUGAAAGCUUUGCUGAAAACGGCACAAACAAACUGGCUUACUGACAGUGACGUUCGAUUCGUUGCCAAUGUCCUUCGAGACGCCGAAAACUUAGGAUGGGCGGAUGGCCAGCUUUAUCGUCGAAAGCGCGCUGUCCGGGCUGUGCUCGCCGAUCGGUUGCGGGAAACGUUUAAUCAGGACGACGAUCUCUACAGAUUAGUUUCUCCGGAUGUUGGAGUCGAUGAGUUAUUUCAGAAGCACGGGUGGAAUCAGGUGGACUCCGGAUUUCGAUUAUGGGGGAGAAACAAUGACGUGGCCGAUGGAGAAGGAGUCGACAAGUUCCUUCAGUCCAAAGGCUGGAAUAACGUCGAUUCAGGAUUCCGAAUAUUCUAA